ACGAGGCUGCAAUUUCCCAGCUUUCUGGUCUAUUAUGCAGCAAAUGAUGACCGUUGAAAGCAACUUCGUACACUUUAUUCUAGAACUACCUGCGCGAAUUCGCGCAUUGAAAGAAACUACAGAUUGUGCGUUCUGUACAGGUGGAGCGGAAUUGCUUGUUACUUUUCCUGGGAUUUGGUAAGAGGACGAUAUAGAUUUUUUUUUCUUUUGUUCGAUUUUCUUGUUUUUUUGGCGAAUUCUCAUGACAGAUAUUGGAAAUUGCAUUAAUGGAGUGAAUGGUUAAAGAAAAAGACUUCAACCUCUUUACACAUCAUUCAUUUCAACUGCUUGCCAGCUUUUUUAAACUCAUGGGAAUAUACUUACUCAUUGGGAUAAUUCUAGGUCUCAUAAUUGCUCAUAAAAAUCAAGAAAUUUGCCAAACUCGCGGUUAACGUUGAGUUAUAGCAGCGAAGAUUCAAUCUUUAUCCGUUUUGCCAACUUUAAUCAAACAACCUAAUAUACUGCUAAUUUCAAAUGAAAUAUUUCAUUAUGUUGACCUCAAAGUUUGGAACUUUGUUAGGUAAAGACUCAAUCUUUAAACAUAAUAGGGAUAGAUCAAUGACCAAUCCAUAACAAACCCUAAAAUGGAUUCCAUAAACAUAGGAGAGAAAUCUCCAAAACUUAUUUCAUUAGCCCAACAGCUUCACCUUUAUAAACCUGAUGAAUCAAGAACUACAGUUACUGUUCAAGAAUUGGAUUCUGCAGAAUCUGCAAAACCAAUCACUAGAGCAGCAGUUUUGAUUUGCAUAUUCGAAGGAAAUGAUGGGGAACUUCGUGUAAUUCUCACAAAACGCUCCUCAACACUGUCGUCUCACUCCGGUGAGGUUGCUUUGCCAGGUGGAAAAAGAGAGGAAGGUGAUGCUGAUGAUGUAGAGACUGCCCUGCGAGAGGCUAAGGAAGAGAUUGGCUUAGAUCCUUCUCUUGUUGAUGUCGUUGCUGUUCUUGAACCAUUUGUAACUUUGCGCAGCAUAGCAGUAGUUCCUGUGAUUGGCAUCCUCUUUGACAGGAAAGCUUUUACACCAUCACCAAACUCCAAUGAAGUAGAGUCAAUAUUUGAUGUUCCACUGGAAAUGUUUCUUAAGGAUGAGAACCGCCGGGCAGUGGAAAAAGAAAGGAUGGGACACAAGUACUUGCUCCAUUUCUUCGACUAUCAAUCCGAGAACGAAAGUUAUGUGAUCUGGGCAUUAACUGCCGGAAUCAUGAUCACCGUUGCAUCAGUUGUCUACCAGCGACAACCUGCAUUUUUGGAGCAGAAGCCGCCAUUUUGGAGUAGAACUUCUCAAAGUGAUAUCCCUAAGUUAUAGAUUCUCAAUUUAUCAUAUUUGAAAAAUUUGUAGAACAUCAAACAGUAUUGACUUAACAUUAAAGAUUGAUCACACAAGAAAACUUCAGUAUGAAAAGAAGAGUGAAAUUUCCAUCAGUUUAUCA